AUGCUAUUGGAACUGACCUGUUGCUCCAAGGUCUAUGGCUAUGAAGACCGAAACACGGCCAUCGGGUGGAAUAUCUCCACCACCCGACAACAGCUCAUAUCUUCUUUGAUGACACUUGGAGCAUUUCUUAGCUCGGUGCUUGCUGGAGUAAUCGCAACCAAAUUGGGAAGGAAGAUGUGCCUGUGGCUCUCUUCCCUUCUAUGCAUUGUAGCCAAUAUUCUCAUGAUGACCACAUCACACAUCGGUCCACUCUAUUUCGGUCGCUUGCUCAUCGGGCUAGGCAAUGGAGGUUUCAUGACCUUCUCUCAACUUUACUUACAAGAGAGCAGUCCGGCAAAAUACCGCGGGCUAUUCCUUACUAUCUUCCAGUUCUGUGUAACGAUUGGAACUCUCCUUGGCACCAUCAUUGACUGGGCAACCGCCCAACGCCCUGAUAGAUCAGCUUACUUGAUCCCUCUGGCUACAAUUUACGUGAUACCGGUUCUCUUAGCCAUCGGUCUUUUCUUCAUACCCGAGUCACCGCGCUGGCUGAUUCUAGAGGGCCGUGUAGAUGAGGGUCGCAAAGCUCUUGAGUGGCUAAGACCUACUGAUGCAAACAUUGACGAUGAAGUUGAAGAAAUUCAAACAUCCAUCCAAGAACAUAUCGAGUUAACAAAGACCGUCACCUUUUGGGACAUGUUCAAGGAUCGAAUAGACCGAAGACGCUCCAUGAUCUCCAUCGGCGCCGUAUCUCUGCAGGCCGCAUCAGGAUCCAUGUUCAUCAUUGCGUAUAAAGCAUACUUCUUCUCUGUUGCACAAGUCGAACACCCCUUCGCUAUGACAAAUGUUCUGUCUACGGCUGGUCUCUUGGCAAUUCUUGCCAAUGCUUUCAUCGUAGUUCGCUAUGGCCGUCGCCGGCUUAUGCUCAUCAACGGUCUUGUCAUUUGUGGCUGCUUGCAACUCAUCAUGGCUGUAACAUACGACAAGCAACCACAUACGAUUAAUGCGGGGAAGGUUCUUGUCGCAAUGUCUUGCAUUUUCAUGGUUGCUUUCAAUGGAAUGGUGGCACCAUACUCCUGGAUGGUUGCCGGAGAAGCCCCGUCACAAAGACUUCGCAGCUACACAUUUGGGGUUGCUUCGGCAUGUGGUUACCUACUGGCCUGGCUUGUAACCUUUACUACGCCUUACUUCAUCAACCCUAGUGCCCUGAAUUGGGGCCCGAGGUACGGCUACAUUUGGUUUCCAUCUUGCAUCAUUGCAGCUUUGUGGGCCUUCUUCUUCCUUCCCGAGUUCAAGGGACGGACUCUCGAAGAAAUCAAUGCAAUGUUUAUCGAACAACUGUCAGCAAGAAAGUUCCGCCGCUACGAAGUUCCAGGAACCAAUCAGCCCAAGACUGUUGACACUUUGAAAGAUGAUAUUGAUGUCGCUCAAAUCGAAAUGGUCAAUCGUUCUUGA